AUGGAAGUUUGGAAUGAGAUUGAACUUCCUAUACCCCCAUACUCUAAUUAUAAAAUAUCUAAAAAUGAAAUAGAUAUUAGGAAAUUUACAAAAAUUCUUCAACAAACGAUUGACUCGCUUAAAAUUGUCGAACAAUUUCAUUAUGAAGCAGCUCAAUUAUCACGGCUAAUCUUUAUGAACUGUAAACAAUUUAGAAUGAUGAAAGGAUUGCAUGAAAUGAAGAAAUGUCAUCAAUCUCUUCUUCGUUAUCUUAAAUUGGAUCUUGUAACAAGCUUAGAAAUAUUUAAAGGCUUUAUUUCAUAUGAGGAAACCACUUUUUGCACUUUACCUUAUCGACAGAAUCUCGACUUUAUUCUUAUCAGACUUCAAGGUCUUGCAAUGCUGCUCAUCAAUGUUGUUUCAAGUGCUAAAAGAAGUAUGACUUACUUUCUUGGACUGAUAAAAGCUGGAAGUUUCUACAUAAGAGGAACAGUUUUUAUCAGUACUUUAGCUAGUAUUUGGGAUCAAAGCAGAGAAUUUUGUAAGCAUGUGGUAAAUCACUACAAUUUACUUUUAAGUUUUCGAAAAGAUAUAAAAGAGAAACCUGGUUUGAAUUGGAUUGAGUCUGAUUAUCAUCUGCCAGAAGAUCUUGGAUUGUGGUUGGGUGACAAAUGGACACAAAAUAUAAUCAAUAGGACUUACGACUUGAAACUUUUAAUUAAAGAAGCUGAUAUUGCCGAGUUUUCAAAGAGUAUUUGUGAAAAAAUUAAGACGCAGAAAAAUAACAGAGGAAUGAAAAAGUCAGUAGAGUUAUCGGACGAUGAAAUGAUAAUUGUAAAUCAAGAAAAAAUUAUCGAUCAUAGUCUAGAACUAGAUGAUGUUAAACCAAUACCAAGAUUAACAAUGAAAAUCCACAAACCUAAUGACAACGCGGAAAUUGACUGCAGUCAUUCUAUCUCAGCUUUAGUAUCAAAAGAUUCCGUUGAGAAAUUCAUAAAAAAUGAAAGUUUUUACAGAAAAGUUAAUCAAAUGAAGUCGCUGACUAUCAACAAAAUGAAAAAGAAGUCUUGGAAAGAAUUUCAACACGACAUAAAAAAUAAAUCAGUUCUUAUGCAAGAAAAAGCGUUUAUUGAAUAUGUAAAAGAUUAUCUAGAAGAAUAUAUCAUUAAAUAA